AUGUCUGGCGAUGAUGCACCUGCUCAGCAGCAAAACGCUGAGGAAACAAAGCAAGAGAAUAAACCCAGCGAGGAGCCGAAAGCUGAGUCCAAGCCGGAGUCACCACCAGCCAGUGCCACCGAGGCGGCAGCCACACCGGCGGCGACCGAGAAGGUCCCCGAGGAAGAGCAGUUCACCUACCGCUCCCUGGUACUUUCCGGCUACGGGGGCUAUGAUAAGGUAAAACUGCAGGUGAAGAAGGGGAAGCCGGCAGUCAAGGCCGGAGAAGUCAUGGUGCGGGUCAAGGCAUGUGGGCUGAACUUUGCCGACCUGCUGGCCCGGCAGGGUCUGUACGACCGGCUGCCGUCCCCGCCUGUCACGCCGGGGAUGGAGUGCUCCGGGGAGAUCGAGGCUGUGGGAGAAGAGGUGACGGAUAGAAAAGUAAGCGCGCCGCAUCCUCUCCGCUCUCUCCUCUCCAUCUCUCUCACUUCACCUGCUUCUGAAGCCAUUGUCGUAGAAAUUAUUUAGCCUACUAUUAUGAUUGCCUAGUAAACCAUUUGACAAUUUCCAUGACCAAGAAUAUGUUGUCGGCUACUUUGUCGGCUACUUUGUUCCAAAUAAAGCACAUUUGGUUAACUCAUUUCUUGAGGUAUUUGGGUUUAUAUCAGGCUGCUGUUUGAUUUAGGGCGUGUCAGUCUUUGCUAUUGAUUUGAACUGACAAUCCUGUCUCAUGUGUUCAUGUUAGUAAUCUAUUACCAGCAUCACCAUCAUCAUCUCCACAUUCAACACUAAAAGCCUAGACCAAUACAUUGGAAUUUGACUGAUAUCUGAUUUCAAAAUAAGGCAGGCUAUUUGUCCACAGUCUCAAAAUGACCAGAGAGUUGGAACAAUGACAGCCCACAAGAAUAAUGUAGCCUAAUUCCCCUGCUGACUGCUUUGGAGGGUUUUUGCCAUCCCUGACACUGGUGCGUAAAUGGAGAGCAUAGCAGCAGAGUACUCACUCAGUCUUUUGAGUGGAAAGUUACAAGCCGAGCAGUGCAUUUGUUUUUUUAUGCUUCCAGCUAAGGACCCAAUUGUCUAAUUGGCAGUGAGUUCAACGAGCCAGCGCCCCUCGUCUACGUAUAAUCAAAAUGCGUUGGUUUGAGCACGGGAGAUUGACAGCUCCAAAUUGGGAGUCGCGCCAGCGGCUAGACAGCUAACCUGCUGAAAGGGGUAGCACUGUACUGUGGAUUUGGAGAGAUUGCAAUGUUAUCUCUACGUCUAGGGGAUAGAAACAUCGAGAUAAUUAAACCUUUUAAAAAACAUUCCGCAUUUAGCAAGUUAGAGCGCCGUGAGGGGAUGGGAGGGAGGGAGGGGGGUUUAAGGGGAGGAGGAGGAGGAUGACGCCACGCCGUAGUGACACGGUUGCCUUUGUUACGGAGAGCGAGAGUGGCGCACGCACUAAGCGAAGGGAAAGGGCGAGGCGCGAGACCAUGAGAAGACGAAAAUGUAAAUGAUUACUCGCGCUCUUUGUCAACAGACAUGUCUUUGGGAAAGUCACAAAUCACCAACCUUGUGAUUUUUUAAAUGUAUUUGAAAUUAAUAUUGUUAUAUUUUGCAUACACCGCCCAUUAAGCAGCAUCUCCUUUUAGGGUAUACACUGAGUAUACCAAACAUUAGGAACACCUUCCUAAUAUUGAGCUGCACCCCCUUUUGCCCUCAGAACAGCCUCAAUCGUCGGGGCAUGGACUCCACGAGGUGUUGAAAGCGUUCCACAGGGAUGCUGGUUGACUCCAAUGCUUUCCACAGUUAUGUCAAGGUGGCUGGAUGUGCUUUGGGUGGUGGACCAUUUUUGAUACACACGGGAAACUGUUGAGCAUGAAAAACCCAGCAGCGUUGCAGUUCUUGGCGCCUGGUACAUACUACCAUACCCCAUUCAUAGGCACUUAAAUCAUUUGUCUUGCCUAUUCACUCUCCGAAUGGCACACAUACACAAUCCAUGUCUCAAUUGUCUCAAGGCUUAAAAAUCAUUCUUUAACCUGUCUCCUCCCCUUCAUCUACACUGAUUGAAGUGGAUUUAACAAGUGACAUCAAUAAGAGAUUAUAGCUUUCACCUGGUCAGUCUAUGUCAUGGAAAGAGCAGGUGUUCUUUUAUUUUUUGUACACUCAGUGUAUUUCCAUACUAUGAAUAUGUUGAAAUAACUGUAUUAUUUUGCUUAUCUGCUUAUCUAUCUUAUAUCUUCACAUAAAUCCGUUGUCAUAUAAUCAGCAUUACUUGUAUGAUAAUAACAUCGCCUAUGCAUUGAUCAUUCCAGGCUACCUCUCCUUGUUUGAAUAGUGUGAUGAGUCAUGUUUGACUGACAGUUACAUUACUGACGGCAUGGCAACACCAACCACAUCCUUUCAAUGGAGCUAAUAGCAACAUAUUGUGCCUAACGUCCCCUUAAAUGUGUUACAUUUUUAAUAAUAUUGCGAUUUAGACAUAUAGUAGCCUAGAGAUAUUUUUGUUAUAUUAUUUGAACCUGAGACCGAAAACCAUCACAGAUAAAACUCUAUGAGAAAACCACAAUGUUCACUAAGCACAAAGACUUGAUGUAUAUUAAUUGCCAUUUUUACCACACCAAUCAUAUGUUCUGAUGUUAUAACCCUGUUAUAAACCUUUAUUGCUCUUAAGCAAUUGAUUAACCUUACAUUACAAAACUCAUUGACAUGAAGACAAAUUGACCCAGGUCUAGACUAAUUAAAAUAAGAAUACUCUGCAGUUGUGCUGAUGUUGCAUUUGGACCAUGUCAGCAAGAGCCAUUAAAGCACAAAAGAGAAGGUGCCAGAUCAGUCUAAGUCUGCGUCCCAAUGACACCGUAUUCUCUAUGUAGUGCACUACUUUGGACCAGUGCUCAUAGGCCUCUGGGCAAAAGUAGUGCACUAUUUAGAGAAUAGGGUGUCAUUUUGGACGCACACUAAUAAUAUCAGUGCACCCCUGUCUCAGCAGGGAGUGGUCAUGUCCCUGACAUCCACUGGACCUGAAGAAUCCGUAGGGAUGAGAUGAGCAUAUAGAAGCAUCUAUAUACCAGAGUUAUUGGUUCUGUGUUGGUCUUUGACAGCACAAUGGUACUAGACAGCAUAAUAUAUGAUAUGACCCAUGUCCUAUUAGAUACUUCCCUGGCCUCACUGCACUUUGUUAGUCAUGCAGAUUGGAUUAGAAGGUCACACACACACACACACACACACACACACACACACACACACACACACACACACACACACACACACACUGCAGUCCCAAUACUACCCCUACCUUCCCCCAACUCCAACUCCCUAAAUUAAGAGCCAAUCUUCCUAAUGGAUAGAGAUCUCUGUGUUUUGGCAGGAGGGAGCUCACAGGGAAUGUGCUGACCUUAGUUGUAGUCACUGUUUUUGGGAGGCUUCUGACCUCACUGGGUCUCUCUCUCUCUCUCUCUCUCUCUCUCUCUCUCUCUCUCUCUCUCUCACAGACACUCACAUACAUAGACACAUGCACACAUACACACACACACUUUCACUGAGUCUGCAGUGACACAGUGACUGGAUGUGGGUUAAUACUACAGUGACAUCACCCCGAAUAACCGCACUAGCAGUGCAGGGAAAGGGGAAGAGUGAGUAAGUGACAAAAAGAGGGAAAUAUCCCAAAUUACACUCAGUACCCAUGACUGACAAUCAACAUCAGCACUUUCUUCACUAAACCCUUUUCCUUUUUUGAGAGUAUAAGCUUUAGCUGAGCUCUGGUAGGAUCUGACCCAUAUGUUCUCAAUUAUCUCCCUCCGGCCCACAUUGUCAGUCUGGUAUUUCCUCCGUCCCUCCUACCUCGCUCCGAUCCGUCCCUCUUGUCCUCCUUUUCGCUACAGAUGGGAAGCACACUCGUAGCAUGCGUUUUGCACAGUCUGUCUUCAUAGUCAGCCAUAAACCACGAAGAGAGGAGAAAAUCAGACGCCUGAAACUUGGAGACAAACAGACAUCAUGUUUCUGAGUUGUCGUUCUUGGUUCCUCUCGGUUCUGUAGAGGUUUUUUGAGUGUGUGCUUUCAUCAGUGUUAUAACAACUAUUAUGUUACUGUGAACAGUUGUAGCCUAUUAGUAACAAUAUUUGCUAUUGUAGUGCCGUAGUCAUGGUAACAGCUGCAAUGGUAGAAAGAGCAGGCUGAAAGCACAGAUUAUAGGUAAAACUCAAGGUAGGUGCCAUUCUUGAAAAGGGCGGGGCCGUGAUCCUGACACAUGUAAUGCUCCAUGUAUGACCGUCUCAGUCUCACACAGUUCACACAUUAGCAGACUAAAGGGUUUAUAAUUGUCCAAAACAUGUACGCAUACACACAGUAGUGUUCUAGAAUAUUGGACCGUUGGCUUUUAUACUUUUGAAUUCUCAGCACAGCUCAAGCAAUUUCUCCAACUGUCAACACAUUCAAAUGAAUAGAGGAAGCGUGCCGGAGAUGCCUUUGUCGGGAAUUGUGGGGAAGUGCGCGUUCGGGCUGAGUGUCACCCGUGAUGGUGCAAAGCCGUGUAGCUAUGUCACAAUGGGACGCCUAUAAUUUACGCUUAACAAUGUUAGAGGACAACACUGCUGACACAACAGUAGGAUGAAUACAUUGUCCUUUGUCCUUUAAUCUAAUCUAGGCCCCAUGAGAACAUUAAGGUGCCAUACUGAGUUCACAGCUACUCCUCCGGUUGAGACUAGAAUCCAUGAUCUAACCAAUUGGGGGCAAAAUUUGCUGAGAUCGUCAAACCACAUAACCUCUGACUUGUAGCCCACAUACCCCAAACCUGAAUCACUAGUUGAUAAAGGCCAUUGCUGUACAGCAGCUGACCACAAGGCUCUUUGAGAAGCUCCCCCUCAUACACUGUGCGGUGACUUCAUUGGAGGCUGGAGAGUCAAGGGGGGAAAGGACAUGAGAGAAGUAGGAGGGGGGUCACACAGUAACAGGUGCUGUGAUAGGCAAGUCACAAGAAGGACUUUGGCCUAGAGUGUGUUUGAGUGUGUUUGUGUGUGUUGUUCUUCUGAUUGCGUGUGUGCAUGUGUGUGCGUUCUUCUGGUGUGUGUGUGUGUGCAUGUGUGUGUGUGACGGCCACUCACAUGCCUAACAUGGGCACACAAUACUUGCCGAUGUAGUUGAAUGUGAUGGUUGAGUCAUCAGUGUGUUUCCUGUUCGGCUCUAACGCCUCCGCCUAUUGAUGCUACCUGCCACACUGGAGCUCCAAUUAACAGACUGAGGGCAAUGAGUUUCACUACAGCCACAGUGAGAUGGAGAGAAGGAUUUGCAGAGGGAAGGAAAGAGACAGUGAAAGAUGAAGACUGAUAGAAAAAGGAGUGAAAGAGAGAAAGAGGAAAGACUCAAAACGCAUCAGUUUGAGACGGCGAUAUAAAGAGAGGGAGAGUGAAUGAGAGGGAAGAGGGAGAUCUCUCUAAUUGGAGUGGAUAGACAGACAGCGAGGCACAUCGCUCCCUCCAGACCAUUAGAGAGGCCCGGGCGGGCGGGAGGAUGGUGGGGAGGUUGGGGCGGGAGGAGUGAGUUUGUUCCCAGGAGGAGAGAGCUUGUCUUGUGCUCAGCCAUGGAGAAGAAUCUGGCAGGGCCGCUGAUGAGUGGAGAGCGGCCAGGGGAGACGAUGGGACCCAUUGUCCUGUCUCACUGAUGAGGAAGAGGGGAAACGGGCAACUCCUCGCACAGGGCCCAUGGAGGGAGGAAGAGAGAGGGAGGGAGGGAGAUAGAGAAAGGGAGACGGGAGGAGGGAGGGAGAUGAAAAGAGAGGGGGUAGAGGAGAUACUGUACAAUACAGAUAGAGUGAGACAGAGGGAGAUGGCGAGAGAGACAAUCAGAAGAGAUACUGAAGGAGUGAGAGAGAGAGACAAUCAGAAGAGAUACUGAAGGAGUGAGAGAGAGAGACAAUCAGAAGAGAUACUGAAGGAGUGAGAGAGAGAGACAAUCAGAAGAGAUACUGAAGGAGUGAGAGGGAGAGACAAUGAGGAAGAGUGACAGGUUGAGGGAAAGGGAGAGCAGUGGAGCGAAGGAAGGAAGGAGUCAGAUGGAUGUAGAGGUGGGGUGGAGGAGGGAGGAGGGAGAAAACAGGAAGAGGGUUUGAAUGCAGUGGUGGGCUCUGUUUCCUGUGUCCCUUGUGUGUUCCUCCCUGAUUGGCCAGUCCCUCGGCGGGGGGAAGUUUACAGUGGGGCUCUUCCUCCUGAACAGACAGGAGAGGGUCGGAGGUUCCUGCUGCUCUGAUAAGUCAGAAUGGGGACACGGCGCCCAAAAUGACAAGCAGGGGAGAGGAGGGGAGGGGGGUUGGGGUGAUAAAGAGGGAGGUGAUAAUUAUCAGAGAGAGAGGAGUAGCAGUGGCGGCUAAUGCCACAUCAUGUUAUGUUGUUGACUGUUGUCACAGUGUGUGGUCAGAGUGAAUGUUUUAACCUAUAAGGUAAACAACAAAUGGGAAAAUAACAGACCUGUAAAAUUCUGCCCAACACCAAACCACAAAACAACUGAUCCCUUGCUUUCCAUAAACAUAUCCACUUGUAUCUUGUGAACUAAAUGACAUUACAGUAGAUAUACAAUAGUUAGGGUUGCAAAAUUCCAGUAACCUUACCCACAUUCCCAGGUUUUCCCAAAAUCCUGUUUGGAGGAUCCAGGAUUUCCUGCUUAUUCCCUCCUGAUUCCGUGAAUCUUCCAACCAGGAUUCCUGGAAAACCUGGGAAUUGUCAGAAAUGUACUGGGAUUUUGUAACCUUAUAGUAAACCAUGACUUACCCCCCCCCCCCCUUCUGUGAUGUCACUUCCUGUCCAUGCAGGUGGGUGACAAGGUGCUGGUACUGAACCGCUGUGGGCUGUGGCAGGAGGUGGCCGUGGUGCCCGCUACCCACACGUUCCUCAUCCCAGAGGGCAUGACCUUUGAGGAGGCAGCCGCCCUCCCCGUCAACUACAUCACCGCCUACAUGAUGCUGUUUGACUUUGGCAACCUGAGGCCCAACCAAAGCAUCCUCAUUCACUCUGCUGCAGGUAGGACCCAAUCACCAUAG